UGGGGUUCUCUUCUUCUUUCCUUGGUAUUCCACAUUGAGACUAUUAGGGGUUCUUCCUCCCAAGCUCGUGGCGAUGGCGGCCACGAUUCUUAGCGCCUUCCAGGUCGAGAUCUUGAUCCCGGUGGCGGCGCUCAUUGGCAUCCUGUUCGCGCUCUUCCAGUGGUACAUCGUGUCGAGGGUUUCGGUCGGCGCCGCUACGCGCGUCAGCUCCAACAAUGGCUACAACGACUCGCUGCUCAGCCACGAGGAGGACGGGGACGAGGGCGCCGAGGCCAAAUGUGCCGAGAUUCAGCAGGCCAUCUCGGAAGGCGCCGAAUCCUUUUUGUUCACCGAGUAUGGCUACCUUGGCGUGUUUGUGGUCAUCUUCUCGGCGUUCAUCUUCGUCUUCUUGAGCUCGGUGGAAGGAUUCAGCACCAAAAAGCUCCCUUGCAAGAGUGACCCCUCGCAGCUAUGCGCCUCCGCGGUCGCCAAUGCUGGCUUCAGCACCAUUGCCUUCAUCCUGGGCGCCCUCACCUCCACACUCUCCGGCUACCUGGGGAUGAAGAUCGCCACCUAUGCCAACGCGAGGACCACCCUCGAGGCCAGGAAAGGCGUCAACAAGGCUUUCAUCGUGGCAUUCCGGUCGGGUUCGGUGAUGGGUUUCUUACUCGCCGCUAAUGGUUUGCUCGUCCUCUUCAUUGCUAUCAUUCUCUUCAAGCUCUUCUAUGGAUCCGACUGGGAGGGCCUGUACGAGGCCAUUGCCGGGUAUGGUCUUGGAGGUUCCUCGGUGGCCCUCUUCGGUCGUGUUGGUGGCGGUAUUUAUACCAAGGCCGCUGAUGUUGGUGCGGACCUGGUAGGAAAGGUGGAGCAGAACAUUCCAGAGGACGAUCCACGAAAUCCUGCCGUGAUUGCUGACAAUGUUGGGGAUAACGUGGGUGAUAUUGCGGGAAUGGGAGCUGACCUGUUUGGAUCUUUUGCGGAGUCGUCCUGUGCGGCGCUUGUCGUUUCAUCCAUCUCUUCGUUCGGACUCGACAGGGACUUCGUUGCCAUGAGCUUUCCGCUACUUAUCAGUUCCUUUGGCAUCGUUGUCUGCCUCAUUACAACGUUGUUUGCCACUGACAUUUUCGAGGUGAAGGGUGUGAAGGACAUCGAGCCCUCUCUCAAGAAGCAGCUUAUUAUAUCGACUGUCCUGAUGACCGUCGCUAUUUUCGUCGUGUGCUACAUUGCAUUGCCGGCUAAGUUCACCAUCAACGUCGUUGGCCAUGAACCAAAGAUUGUCAAGUGGUGGCAACUAUUCUUCUGUGUUGGUUCUGGACUGUGGGCUGGUCUCAUUAUUGGUUUCGUCACGGAGUAUUUUACUAGCAAUGCAUACAGACCCGUCCAAGACGUUGCCGAUUCCUGCAAGACUGGAGCUGCCACGAACAUUAUUUUUGGCCUGGCUCUGGGUUACAAGUCCGUGAUUAUUCCCGUUAUCGCUAUUGCGCUGGCUAUCUUCCUCAGCUACACUCUCGCUGCUAUGUAUGGUAUUGCUGUUGCGGCCCUUGGAAUGCUGAGUACGAUUGCCACUGGACUCGCAAUCGAUGCCUACGGUCCGAUCAGUGACAAUGCUGGAGGCAUUGCCGAAAUGGCAGGAUUCCCUCACAGCAUUCGUGAGAGAACCGAUGCUCUGGAUGCUGCAGGAAACACCACAGCUGCCAUUGGCAAGGGAUUUGCGAUUGGUUCCGCGGCACUCGUCUCGCUUGCUCUCUUCGGUGCUUUCGUGAGCAGAGCUGGAAUCGUAGCUGUGGACGUUAUUUCUCCAAAGGAGUUUGUUGGACUGCUGUUCGGUGCCAUGCUCCCGUACUGGUUCUCGGCGAUGACAAUGAAGAGCGUUGGAAAGGCAGCACUGGCUAUGGUGGAGGAAGUCCGCUCUCAGUUCCGAAACAUCCCAGGCCUCAUGGAGGGGCGCGCCAAGCCCGACUACAAGUCGUGCGUCAAGAUCUCAACCGAUGCAUCGAUCAAGGAGAUGAUUCCCCCCGGUGCUCUCGUGAUGGUCACUCCCCUCGUCGUGGGAUGGUUCUUUGGACCCCAGACACUCUCGGGCCUUCUCGCCGGAGCUCUAGUCUCUGGAGUACAGAUCGCCAUUUCGGCCUCCAACACCGGUGGAGCAUGGGACAAUGCGAAGAAGUACAUUGAAGCUGGAGCUUCUGAGCACGCAAAGCAACUCGGCCCGAAGGGCUCCGAUGCUCAUAAGGCUGCUGUGAUUGGAGAUACCGUUGGCGAUCCCCUCAAGGAUACCUCGGGGCCAUCGCUAAACAUCUUGAUCAAGCUCAUGGCCGUGGAGUCCCUGGUGUUUGCUCCAUUCUUCGCCAGGCACGGUGGCUUCGUGUUCAAGUGGCUUGGAUUGUGAGAAGGACGAAAGGCACGAAAGCUAGCAUCAUCUUCUCUAUACUGAAAAGCCAACAUUUUGCAGGGUACUAGGAUAUCUACGAAAAAAGACCAAAAGACUACUACUAUUGUUAUGUUUAAUAACUUAUUCUUCACUUUAUUUCUUUUCUAUUUGUAGUUUUAAGAUCAAAUCAAAUUACGUAUCGGUUUUAUUGUAAA